AUGAUCGCACAACGCUCCAACCCCCUCAGCCAGCCACAGGGCAACAACGACCGUCUGAUGAGCCUCCGCCUGCCUCUCCGGAGAGGCGAAUUUGCUAGUCUUCAGCACCUACGCCCUCUCCCAAUCACCAGCCGUGAUGAGGCGAAAACCAUGUUCCAAGAAGGCCUACAAGUACUCACGGCCACUGUGCCGAAAGUGGACAAUCUUGUUGUCCUUGGCGUCUUCAAUGUCAGCGCGGGACAGAUUGCGUUGCCUGGAGAGAAGUGGUGGGUACUAAACAGAUCAGCGGCAGCAAUGGUAAUGAUCUCAUUUUCCUGGCAACGCGCACAGAACGCGGCCUUCCCCUGACCGACACAUUCCUCCGCAUCACCGACAAUGCCUUCACCGCACACUAACUACAGGAGAAUUGUCAGGAUAUGCGAACCCACCUCUACACCACAUUCACGGAUAUGACUAAGGUCAAUGUGGUGGUGAAUCGCGAGGUACUGUGCAAAAUCAUGCAGAAAUUCGGCCAUCCUGAGCGAUUCACCGCCCCAAUGACUUUAGUCAGAUCCGCGGCCGCAGAUCUAGACAGUUCAACCCAUUCCCUUCGCCAACGACGGAGACCGAAUACCGAAGGUCCAAGAACCACCUCCAUGUCUUGACGGACAGUGUCGAGCCAGGUUUUGAACUGACCCCCUCUUCGACGCCUCCAAUGGGGCAACGGUGCCGGAUCGAGGGCAGUAACACUGAGCUCCUGAGGUGGACGACGAAGAACAUGCCCGAACCACCUCAGUCGUCUUUCUUGGAUGGCCUGAGUUAUCCUCGCGAUGUUGUCGCAGCGAGCGCGGACUAUCUCAUUUGAGACGAAGUCGGUUAACUUCACUCGAAGGAUGAUCCUCAAGCAGUGGUGGUCAAAUACCUCCAGUUUUCGCUCAUCCGCCACACGCAAAGCCCAGCAUUCACAACCGUAGAGAAGGACAGACCGGACAGAUGCACGGUACAAGCGAAUCUUAGUGGCGAUGGAGAGGUCACGUCGGUUCCACAGGCAUUUCCGAAGGCUUGAAAAAACCCAGCGGGCAGCAUCGAUUCGGGAGACAAUGUCGUCCUUACUCUGUCCAUUAGGCAGCAGCCGCGUCCCGAGGUAUUUAAAACUGUCCACUUCUUCAAGUUGACAGCCAUCAAUCCCCAGGGGUGCCUUCUCCUGGUCAGGAAUGCAGCUUGAAAAUACUUUGGUCUUCCCAGCGUUUAUGGACCCUGUAGUUGGUGAGCGAUAAAGGCUCCGAUGCAUGGCCGCCGCCGCCUACUGAUCGAUCACCUUACAGCGCUAUUCGAGGAGGUGUGACGACAAGGACAGGUACCUCAAGACUUCAACCAUGUGACCAUCGCCCACGUUAAUCAGCCUAAAGGGAGCCAGAGACUCUGCGAUAACCACUGAGGGAUCUCGUUACGCAACAUCACCCGCCUGCUCCUCCAUCAUAUCUCGAGCAGGAACCACUGGCUGGAAGUUAAUGUUGUCCCGAAGACACUGCGGGAUAACCAACAAUGUCUUCACCCCUCACCAACUACAGGUGAAGUGCCAGGAUAUGCGAACCCACCUAUACACCGCCUUCGCGGAUCUGAAGAAAGCCUUUGAGGACGUGAGUCGCGAGGCACAGACCAAAAGCAUGCAGACAUGUGGGUGAUUCAUCGACGCCCUGCUAAGGCCACUGCAACCGCGAUGGAGUGGUCCACUGUUGAGAAUUAACGGCCCUAGCCUAGUAAAACAUAUCUUCCACAGCAAUGUUGCCAUGGGUGCUCGCCGAACAAGAGGACAAGGAAAGACACUUGGAAGCGACUGCAGAUCAACCCCGAGACCUGGUAGGACCUCCCCCUCAGAACAGGUCAGCCUGAAGCAGAGAAGUGAAGACCGACGCAGGCAUCGCCGCCACAAAAGAGAAACGGACUGCCAUAAAUCACUGCAGAUUCGGCCAUGUGACCACGCCUUUCCCCAUCGACGGAUGUACCCCUCGAAAUUCCCAAAUCUCUGGCAUAUUUCACAUAAGUGGAAAGUGUGGUUUUCGGCCAUCUUCUGUGUAUGCCUUAUCUGCUGCGUGUGAGGUCACAAUGUCCUAUUCGUCCCGUCCGAGUGAAAUCCCUGUGCUCACGUCAGCGGGUGCUGGCAACAGCCGAGACGGUAGCCAUUCGUACAACCCUUUGUUGUCGGAAGACGUUGGUGCACGCCAUGCGUCUUCCGUAGCCAACUCGAGGUGUUGAUCGCACGGCGCCCCAGCCCCCUCAUUAUGGGAGUGUGCGCACCGCGUAUUUAACUAACGGACACUACCCAGUCCCCCCCCCGCCCCCCUUCUUAAUGACUUAUCAGGGUCCUUCCACGCAUUCAAGUUGCAGUAUUUUCGCAAUGUUCCCCCCCCCCCAAACUUCUAUUAGCUGUCUACGAUACCCUUGUUUGGAACACACUUUAAGAACAAAUAUGCAAUAAUGGAAUGUCUUUAAUGGCAAUAUGUUCCGCAAUGUCGGAUAAAAAGUGAGAUUCGUUUCGGGGCGGAUGCCCCACGACUGUCAUGAGUCGGACUCCGAGUUGAAUGGUAUGGACAGAGCAUAUCCUUAACGGUGCUUGUAAAUCUCGAUAUUUUGCAGUUACACUGGCUCGUCUUGGCCGGGGUAAUGCAUUGCCGCGUUACGUACUGUUGGAAAGGCAUGACAGGGUCUGGCGUUCGUAACUCAGGACGACGCCGUUAGCGUACGGUGGGUAGUAGAUAAAUUUAGGGAGAAGAUGGGGUCUGCUACUGAUAACUUACGCACAGUGUUUAUAGACAAGGAUGCAAAAGAACUGAAGGCUUGGAGGGAGGUUUUUCCUGGAACUCAGGUAGCCGUCCUUAUUUGCACAUUUCAUGUGCUCCAGGCCUUCAAGAGAAAGGUCAGAAGCGUGUAUAAAGACGUAAGGUCUGAGCAUGCUUUUGACCUUUUUCGUAGGGCUGUGUAUGCAUCCACCUUUAAGUUUUUUAAAUUACAUUUCAAUAGCUUUAGGCAAUGUUUCCCCGAGCUCUGGCCGUAUAUUGUGGUCAACUGGUGGCGGUGCAGACGCCGGUGGGCCCAUUACGCUCGGCGUAGUCUUUUGACGUACGGCGACAACACCACAAAUAAGAUUGAGAGUCUUAAUCGAGUCUUAAAGCAGUGGUGUAGACCGUACAUGUCUCUCACCGACUGUGUUAAUAGUAUAGUUUGCUUUUUAGAUUCAAAGGCCGUAGAUAACGAGCGGCUUGAUGCCGAUGAGUACUGCCGCCGCAGGCACUACAACGGACUAACCCCGCGUGUCAGCAAACUAUGUCAAAUGCUGACUGGGUAUGCUGCAGAAGUCCUGCUGAAGCACGUGUCCGCAAACGGCAAUGUAAAGCUUUGUAGUGAGGCUGUUGACACGUGCAGCUGUCGGUUCCAUCGGAACUGGCAGCUGCCGUGUGUACACAUAAUCAACUACAUUGAACAGAACAAUAUUGAGCCAUGCCGAGCUCUUUUAAAGAGUAGAUGGGUCUUUCGGCUAGAUGUCUCUGAGAUGCGCGUCACUGACGAGAAUGUUGAUCCGGAGGCCGUAACGUCCUUCCAGGCUGACAUUCUCGUCAGCAAAGGGCGAGGGCCGUUUACUGAGGACUACAAGUACAGAGUAGCCAUGCGACACGUACAGCCUAUUGUGGAGAAGUUAAAGAGUUGUGGUAGUCGACGCUUCGAGGAGUUGUUGCGGGAAGUUGAUGAGUUCGCCAACUGGAUCAUGAAUGCCCCCUCUGGUGGUCUACAUGGGUCGCUUGUCGACCUCCCUCCACAACCGAACGCGGAUGAAAUGGGGGAUGACACGAGCGACGAAGUCGUUCGUUGUCAGGUGAGAGAGGAGGGCGAUGUGCUAAUCGCGCAGUGGGGCUCAAACCAAGACCCUUCUGUACGUGCUCCGCGUACUGAAGCAGUGGUGUAG